CUAGAGUAUUCCUAUUACGUGUACUGGAUUACUGGACAGUGGACACCUUUGUAGCCUUGUACUCCGUAAAACAUUUAUCAGUUAUCUACGGCCGCCGAGCCGUUACAUACAAGCGGCAUUUUUCACACCGAAACCCUAAUCGGAAGAUCAUUCAAAUCACCGACGAAAUGGGAGUCGAGAAGGAACUUGUGAGGGCAGGUACCGGUCCCAAGCCAGUUCGUGGUCAGACCGUCACCGUCCACUGCACCGGCUACGGCAAAAAGGGAGAUCUUUCUCAGAAAUUCUGGAGCACAAAAGAUCCUGGGCAAAAGCCUUUUACUUUUCAAAUUGGUCAGGGACAAGUUAUCAAAGGUUUUGUACGGAUCAUAACGAUUGUUGAUAUGAAAUGGGAAUCCAUGGAUCGUACUUAACUCCAGAAAAAAACGCAGUUUUACCAAGGAGCCGGUGAAGAGAGGUGAACGCCGAACGAGAUGGGAGGCAGUAGGAAAUGAGAGAUCGACGGACGCUGACGCGAGAACGACGGUUGAUUCAGGGGAAGAGGAGCGGCCAUUCGGUCUUCUCCUUAACAGCUUCUUCGUCUUUGGUUUCUCCGCAGCUUUGUGAAUAUUUCCGUUUAUUUCGAUUUUUGUCUGAUUUAUAAGCAUUUGGUCUUCUCCUUACAGCUUCGUCUUUGGUUCCUCGGUUCCUCCGCAGCUUUUGUGCUGUUUGCCGUUUACUUUUUAUUUUCGGUGGUCCAGUUAAAAUAAUUUACUGGGAAAGACAUUGAUAACGGUUGAAGUAAAACAGACAUCUUCAUCUAGUUUGCCGUUUACUUUUUGACAUUUUGGACUCUCUCCCUCCGCGUACUGUACAUCCAGUUACGAUAGAUAAUUUUAUUUUACUUUUAUUUUAUAUUUUUAAUGAGUAUAACGUUUAUAAGAUAUUAUUAUUAAUAUUAUUGGAAACAUAAUUGAGUAUUGUACAUAUACAAUUGAGAUGAUCUACACGUAAUGUAUAUGUUAUAUACUAAUUUAUUCAUUUAACUAUAUUAUCAUUGUAUUAUUAUAAAAAUAUUUAUUGUGCUGAUUUUAUAAUGUAAUACCAAU